AUGGCUGGAGCGCUCGCAGAGUUGAUGUACCUCGACCGGUUGGAGGAGAUACCCAGGCGGUCGGCAGACCUUCAGCCCGCCCGCCGCCUGCCAAGUACCGGGCCUGCUUCGGCAGACUUCGGCCCGCCCGCCUGCCCGCAGUACAGGCCGGCUCGGCUGACCUUUCGGCCCGCCCGCCUUCCCGCAGUACCGGGCCUCUUCGGCAGACCUUCCGGCCCUCCCGCCUGCCCGCUCGUACCAGGCCGGCUCGGCAGACCUUUCAGCCCGCCCGCCCCCCGCAGUACCGGCCUCUUCGGCAAACCUUCCGGCCCCCCCCCGCCCGCCCGCCCGUACCAGGGCCGGUCUUCGGCAGACCUUUCGGCCCGCCCGCCCGCCUGCAAAGUACCUAGGGCCUCCUUCGGCAAGAACCUUUUCCGGCCCCGCCCGCCUGCCCGCAGUACCAGGGCCGGCUCGGCAGACCUUUCGGCCCGCACCGGCACCGCCUUUGCCGUACCAGGCCGGCUCGGCAGACCUUUCGGCCCGCCCGCCCGCCCGCAGAGUACCGGGCCUGCUUUCGGCAGACCUUCCGGCCCGCCCGCCUGCCCGCAGUACAGGCCGGCUCGGCAGACCUUUCGGCCCGCCCGCCGCAGUACCGGCCUGCUUCGGCACCAUACCUUCCGGCCCGCCCGCCUGCCGCAUACCAGGCCGGCUUGGCAGACCUUUCGGCCCGCCCGCCCGCCCGCAGUACCGGGCCUGCUUCGGCAGACCUUCCCGCCCGCCCGCAGUACCAGGCCGGCUCGGCAGACUUUCGGCCCGCCCGCCCGUCUGCAGUACCGGGCCUGCUUCGGCAGACCUUCCGGCCCGCCCGCCUGCCCGCAGUACCAGGCCGGCUCGGCAGAACUUUCGGCCCGCCCGCCCCCCGCCCGCCCGCAGUACCGGGGCCUGCUUCGGCAGACCUUCCGGCCCGCCCCCCGCCUGCCCGCAUCAUUACCAGGCCGGCUUGGCAGACCUUUCGGCCCGCCCGCCCGCCCGCAGUACCGGGCCUGCUUCGGUUCAGACCUUUCCCGCCUGCCCGCAGUACCAGGCCGUCGGCAGACCUUUCGGCCAGCCCGCCCGCCCCCGCAGUACCGGGCCUGCUUCGGCAGACCUUCCGGCCCGCCCGCCUGCCCGCAGUACCAGGUCCGGCUCGGCAGACCUUUCGGCCCGCCCGCCGCCCGCGCCGAGUACCGGGCCUGCUUCGGCAGACCUUCCGGCCCCGCCCGCCUGCCCGCAGUACCAGGCCGGCUCGGCAGACCUUUCGGCCUGCCCACCCGCCCGCAGUACCGGGCCUGCUUUGGCAGGACCGUCCAGCCCGCCCGCCGCCCUGCCGCAGAUUUACCUAUUUCCGGGCCUUUUCGGCAGACCCUUUCGGCCCGCCCGCCCACCCUGCCCGGGGGCCAGUACCGGGCCCUUUCUUCGGCAGACCUUUCCGCCCGGCCCAGCCCUGCCGCAGUACCAGGCGGGCUGGCGGCAGACCUUUCGGGUCCCGGCCCGCCCGGCCCGCCCAGGUACCGGCCUGCUUCCGGGGCAGACCUUCCGGCCGCCCGCCUGCCCGCAGUACCAGGCCGGCUCGGCAGAGCCUUUCGGCCCGCCCGCACCGCCCCGCCCCCCAGUACCAGGAGUUGGAGUUACCAGGGGCCUUGGCCUUCCGGCAGACCUUCGGCCAGCCGGCCCCUGCCGCCCAUUGUAAACCAGGCCGGCCCUCCCGGCAGACCUUUCGGCCCGGCCGCCCGCCCCACCGGGCCCAGGUUACCGGGCCUGCUUUGGCUGACCUUCCCUCCCGCCCGCCUGGCCAAGUUACCUGCCCGUCAGUUACCAGGCCGGCUCCGUCAGACCUUUCGCUUUCACCGGCCCCGCCCCGCACCGUACCGGGCCUGCUUCGGCAGACCUUCCGGCCCCCCCCCUGCCGCAGUACCGGCCGGCUCGGCAAGCCUUUCCCCCGCCCCGCCCUGCCCACCGCCCGUACCGGGCCUGCUUCGGCAGACCUUCCGGCCCGCCCGCCGCCCGCAGUACCAUGCCGGCUCGGCAGACCUUUCGCCCGCCCGCCUGCCCGCUGCGGCAGUACCGGCCUGCUUCGGCAGACCUUCCGGCCCGCCCCCCGCCUGCCCGCAGUUACCAGGCCGGCUCGGCAGAACCUUUCUGCCCGCCCCCCCGCCCACAGUACCGGUCCUGGCUCGCAGAACCUCCGGCCCGCCCCCCCUGCCGCAGUACCAGCCGGCUCAGCUAGACCUCGGCCCUCCCGCCCGCCCGCAUUACCGCCUGCUUUCGCAGACCUUCCGGCCCGCCCGCCUGCCCGCAGUACCAGGCCGCUCGGCAGACCUUUCGGCCGCCCGCCCGCCCGCCCUGCAGAGUAACCGAGCCCACUUCGUCAGGCCUUCCGGCCCGCCCGCCUGCCCGCAGUACCAGGCGGCGGCUUGCAGACCUUUCGGCCCGCCCUGCCCGCCCUCAGUAACCCGGGGCCCGCUUCGGCAGGCCUUCCACCCGCCCCCGCCUGCCCUCUGUACCAGGCCGCUCGGCAGACCUUUCGGCCCGCCCGCCUGCCCGCAGUACCGGGCCUGCUUCGGCAGACCUUCCCGGCCCCGCCCGCCUGCCCGUAACAGGCUGGCUCGCAGACCUCCUGGCCCGCCCGCCUGCCCGUACCGGGCUGGCUCGGCGGGCCUGGCCCGCCGUCCUUGCAAACAGAAACCCUGUGGUUAG